UUGCGGGGAGUGGGUGGGUGACCUGUCCUAUGCAAUAUAGGGUGUUUAGCAGCAUGGCCAGCCUGUACCCAGCAGACGCCAGUAGCCCCACCACCCGCCCCCCCAAAAAGAAAGCGUAUUCAUACAUUGCCAAAUGAGGGUGGGACAAAAGUGCCGGGGUUGAGAACAUUGCUCCAAAGAAACACUGAGGCCAUUAUAGAUGGGACCCAGUCUGCUCCCAUCCAAGAGAUGGCAGACGGCUCUACAGAAAUACAAAGUCCGGUGCGAUUUACAAAGCAUUUGCUUUUUAAUUCUCAAAAAGGGCAGAGGGCAAAAGGAUGUCGUGUAGCACGGAGGAGAAAGCUAAAGUAAGAAACUUGCAAAGCCGAAAGCUCCGGCGAGGCGCACGGAUCUAAGGUAUCGGCCCGGCGGGGCCUCGCAGGGCAUGCUGGGGCUUGUAGUUCCGGCGUGAGAGGCGCUGGGCGCGCAUUCCCCACCCAGGGCGACUUCCUCUGUCGGCCGCCUGCCUCCGCUCCCGGAAGCUGAGCAGGUUAAAGUUUCAACGCUUCCUUUCCCCGCCUCUUAGUCCCGCAGACUGCCAACCCGAGUAACUAAUAGGCGGCCGGGCUGGAGCUUUCUCUUAUCUGAUUGGCCUAGAGUUUUGUAGCGUCGAGACAAACUUACUGGGGAUUGGUCGAGUCUUCAGUUUUGAAAUUCGUAGGUUUCGCCGCGCUGUAGCGCCCCAUCCCUUCUCCGAAGCGGUGAGCCCUGGAGAUCCGGAGCCGAGGGUCUGGGCCCGCGGGAGGCUCUGCUGGGGUGGCCGCCGGACUUGGAUCAGAGAAGCACUUAGGAGACACGGUACAGUCGAACAGAGCCACCAUGGGGUCCACAGCCCCGGGGCCCAUUCACCUGCUGGAGCUGUGUGACCAGAAGCUCAUGGAGUUUAUCUGCAACGUGGACAAUAAGGACUUGGUGUGGCUCGAAGAGAUUGAGGAGGAGGCCCAACGCAUGUUCACCAGUGAAUUCAGCAAGGAGCCCGAGCUGAUGCCCAAAACACCUUCUCAGAAGAACCGACGGAAGAAGAGACGGGUUUCUUACAUUCAGGAUGAAAACAGAGACCCCAUCCGGAAAAGGUUGUCCCGCAGAAGGACCCGGAGCAGCCAGCUGAGCUCCCGGCACCUCCGCAGCAAGGACAAGGUGGAGAAGCUGGCCACGGUGGUCGGCGAGAACGGCUCCGUCCUGCGGCGGGUGACCCGUGCUGCGGCCGCGGCGGCGGCAGCCACCGCAGCAUUGGCUGCUCCUUCGCCCACCCCCGAGUCUCCCACGGUGCUGGCCAAAGAGCCUGAAAAUAGCCUGGCCCAGGGCCCGCUGGUGCCUGUGGUGGAGAUCGGCGUCCGUGAGCGCCAGAGUGCCGAGCUGCACCUGGGCCGGCUCAAGUCUGCCCGGGCUCCUUCCCCGACUCCGUCCCUUGUAGCCACGGCUCCCGCCUCCCACAGCAUCUUGAUAUCCGAUGAGGAAUCAACACCCCAGAAGCCGGAGGCUGGGAGACUGGCGUCUGUCACCGUGAGCUCCCUGAUGGCUACACCCCAGGACCCCAAGCGCCGAGGGGGCGGAGCCAGCCGGUCCGCCUCCAAGCUCAGGAUUGCGCAGGCCUCCCCGGGCCCGCAGGAUUUGGCGGGCUCUCCGGCCUCGCCGUGGCAGGAGCGGGUGCUGGCUCCCAUCCUGCCCGAUAACUGCUCCACGCCCACGGGCGCCCACAUAGACCCGCAAUGCGUGCGGCGCAGCCUGAUCGCCCCGUCCUCCCCGGGCCGCCAGGUCUCGCUGGCCCAGAAGUACUCCCUGGUGGCCAAACAGGAGAAGCCAGUCCGCAGGUCAAGCAGAAGGAUUGGCAAGAAAGCCACUGAAGAGCCAGCUGCCUCCGCCCGCAUCAUCUGUCACAGUUACCUGGAGAGGCUCCUGAAUAUUGAGGUGCCCCAGAAAGUUGGCCCUGAGCAGAAGCGGCCCAGCGAGGAGGCCGAGCCUGCACAGGCGGCUGAGCCAGAGGGCCCCAAGCAAGACAGGAGUACCCUGUGGCCCCGCAGUGCCACCAAGAUCGCCAUUAGCACACCUGGCUCGCAGCCUGUGGCUGGUGGCCAGGAGACGCCCUCCAAAGGGCAGCAAGAGCCCAAGACUGACCAAGCAGAUGGCCCCAAGGAGCCACCCCAGAGUGUCAGGAGGAAGCGCAGCUACAAGCAGGCCGUGAGUGAGCUGGACGAGGAGCCGCAGCUGGAGGACGAGGAGGAGCUGCAGCCCCCCAGGAGCAAGACCCCUUCCCCACCCUGCCCGGCCAGCAAGGUGGUGCGGCCCCUCCGGACCUUCCUGCACACCGUGCAGAGGAACCAGAUGCUCAUGACUCCGACCUCGGCCCCCCGCAGCAGCGUCAUGAAAUCCUUCAUUAAGCGCAACACCCCCCUGCGCGUGGACCCUAAGUGCAGCUUCGUUGAGAAGGAGCGGCAGCGCCUGGAGAACCUGCGGAGGAAGGAGGAGGCGGAGCAGCUCCGCAGGCAGAAGGUGGAGGAGGACAAGCGGCGGCGGCUGGAGGAGGUGAAGCUGAAGCGGGAGGAGCGCCUCCGCAAGGUGCUGCAGGCCCGGGAGCGGGUGGAGCAGAUGAAGGAGGAGAAGAAGAAGCAGAUCGAGCAGAAGUUUGCUCAGAUCGACGAGAAGACCGAGAAGGUUAAGGAGGAGCGGCUGGCGGAAGAGAAGGCCAAGAAGAAGGCAGCAGCCAAGAAGAUGGAGGAGGUGGAGGCUCGCCGCAAGCAGGAGGAGGAGGCGCGGAGGCUCAGGCGGCUACAACAGGAUGAGGAAGAGCGGCGGCACCAGGAGCUGCUGCAGAAGAAGAGGGAGGAGGAGCAGGAGCGGCUGCGCAGGGCGGCCGAGGCCAAGAGGCUGGCGGAGCAGCGGGAGCACGAGCGGCAGCUGGCGGAGCAGCAGGAGCGCGAACGCAGGAGGGAGCAGGAGCGGCUCCAGGCCGAGAGGGAGCUGCAGGAGAGGGAGAAGGCCCUGCGGCUGGAGAGGGAGCUGGAGGAGAAGAAGAAAAAGGAAGAGCAGCAACGGCUGGCCGAGGAGCGGCUGCUGGAGGAGCGGCAGAGGAAAGCCAGGGAGGCCGCGGCGGCCAGCAAAGGCCUGAAUGUGACCGUGGACGUGCAGUCUCCAGCUUGUACCUCCUAUCAGAUGACUCCACAGGGGCACAGGCCGCCCCCUAAGAUCAACCCGGAUAACUACGGGAUGGAUCUGAAUAGUGAUGAUUCCACCGAUGACGAGGCCCAUCCCCGGAAGCCCAUCCCCACCUGGGCCAGAGGCACUCAGCUAAGCCAGGCCAUCAUCCACCAGUACCACCACCCCCCAAACCUGCUCGAGCUCUUUGGAACCAUCCUCCCGCUGGACUUGGAGGACAUCUUCAAGAAGAGCAAGCCUCGCUACCACAAGCGCACCAGCUCUGCCGUCUGGAACUCGCCGCCCCUGCUGGGCCCCAGGGUCCCCAGCAGCCUGGCCUAUGGCCUGAAGAAGUACUGAGGCCCCCAGGCGUUCCCAGCAGUCUCCGCCCCUGCGCGUGUCUGUCUGUCCGCCUCUCUGUUGGUCUGGUGCCAUCCUGCCUGGUGUUCCGUCUCCAGGGGGUUGGCUGUGUGUAUAUAAAUGUUCUCUGUGCGCCGGGGUUGCAAGUCGCGCAGGCCUGUUUGGAAGCUGCACUCGGCGGGUGGUUGGGGGAGAACCUGCCCAGCCCCACCUGGCCUGCAGAUAGCGCUCUGUAAAUAGACUGUUAGAAUUCAGCUGAAUUUUAGCCUCUAGUGUUUGAGAGCUAGAUUAAUAAAGUCUGUUCCUUUAA